AUGGAAGAUGAAAUGGAUAUUACCAAUCAAACAUUAUAUGCCCUGUUGCCGAUCUCAUUUCUCGGUUCAAUUCUGAAUUGGACAAUUUUCUACGCGAUUCAACGAUUGGAAUGUUUCAAUCACUCUUUUGGAUUUCUCUCUGCAAAUCAAGCUCUCGUAGAUGGUCUUCACUCAACCACUUUCUUAUUGUACUUUUGUCCAAUGGUCCUUUUGGACAAUGCUAUAAUGAAAGAAAUGUCCCAUCACUGCGGAUUCGUGCUUCUUCUUUGCUAUGAGCUCUCCGUAAUGAUUCACCUAGCAAUAUCACUCAACAGAUUCUGCGCGGUCUGGAUUCCUUAUCAAUAUCAUAAUAUUUUCAAUGAGAAAAACUCAAAAAUUUUAAUAAUUUUAAUUUGGUUAUUUACUGGGUCAGUGGCCAUAUACCUUUAUGAAAUUUUAUGCCAUAUCUACUACGAAGACAAGUCGGAUUUUCUCACAUUCACCGAUUCUAAGCUGUGUGCAAACAUUGGCUGGUAUGGAGAUUUUGUCAAAAACGCGUGUAUUGUUGCAGUAAUAAUGCUCAUUGAUAUAUUAACAGUUAUUAAAGUCAGACGAAUGUCUAGAAAGAUCUCCGUAAAUAUAACUGAACAGGCGCAAAACAAAUUGUCCUCUAGAGAAAUGCGAUUUCUCAAGCAGACAGUGACACAAGGCUCCGUGUUCUUGCUUGAGCUUCUCACCUACUUUUUUAUUCCCCAAUAUUUUUCCAACAAGUGGAUCGUGUUUUUUGGCACGUCAUUUGCCUGGGUAGCUGUGCACGCAGUGGAUGGAUUGGUGGUUGUAAUAUUUAAUCCAGAAGUUCGGAAGUUCCUGUUGUGCAAAGAAACGAAAAAACGAGUAUCGUCGAUGAAUCGGAUCAGUAGCUGA